AUGGAUUCCAGUUUUAAUGACGAUGAGCACAUGUCGGUGAUCAUGAAGAGGGGUUCUCAGGGUUCUAGCAUGGUCUCAGUUGGUAGAGCGGAGGACUGUAGUGGUAACAUAGCCAUCCUUAGGUCGCUGGUUCGAAUCCGGCAGUUGUUCUUGAACGUGAAAUUAAAAGGAGAGAAUCCACUGCUGACCCAACUCGAUCCAUUAUCUUCAACACCUUUCUUAUUCGUUCUAUCUAUGGCAAGCUCAUUGAGAUUGUAUUUGACUUGCAUACGAAACACUCUAGAGGCUGCCAUGUGUUUGCAGAAUUUCCCUUGUCAAGAAGUUGAAAGACAUAAUAAACCCGAAGUUGAAAUGAAGACAAGCCUGGAGCUUCUGCUCAAUCCUGUUGUGAUUUGUCGAAAUGAGGCUGAAAAAUGUUUGAUUGAAACAUCUAUUAAUUCACUUCGCAUAAGCCUCAAGGUGAAGCAGGCAGAUGAGCUGGAAAACAUCCUAACCAAAAAAUUCCUUAGAUUUUUGUCAAUGAGGGCAGAAGCUUUUCAAGUAUUAAGGAGAAAACCAGUACAGGGUUAUGAUAUUAGUUUUCUUAUCACUAAUUACCACUGUGAAGAGAUGCAGAAGCAUAAGCUUAUUGACUUCAUUGUGCAAUUCAUGGAAGAUAUUGACAAAGAGAUAAGUGAACUAAAACUGUCAAUGAACACAAGGGGGAGGUUAGUGGCAACUGAAUUUUUGAAGCAAUUCAUCUGAGGACUGAAGUAGUUCCAUUUGUUUGUGUAUUUUGAUGAAACCAUGACACUAUUAUUCAGAUGUUUUCUUUUUCUAUAUCAUAUAUGUUUGUUGUAGUGUGGAUUUAUUUUGUUUCAAGUUGGGUACAGUUGGAAAGGUCCCUUAUCGAGG